AUGGCUCAUUCCUGUAUAUGUGGCCCCUGUCGUGCAGGGUUUUUGCAAGUACAUCCCGAUAGUGAAAAAAAGGAAUCAACCAUGCCCGAUACACUGGUCUUGAGUGUGUUCGAUGGUGAUGAGGCAGGUUCCAAAAAGUUUCACGAAACAAUCGGCCUGAUACAAUGUAGAUAUAACGAAACUCGCACAAAAAUAGCAGGUUUACAGUGCUGGAGAGACUAUACCCUGGAGUUGAAUAGUGGGUUGGACAAGUGGGACUCCGAGGUGCAUUUUGUUUAUCCGUCCAAAAUACUACAGUAUGAAGGUCCACAGCAUCAGUCAAAACCUGAACCUGCGGCUGACAUUGCUGACUGGGAAAUCCCGCAAUGGCAGUGGUAUCUUCAGGAACUGAAUGAGAAGCUGUUCAAUAAAGAGGAUAACUUGCAUCUGUGA